AUGCUGAUCACUAUGGAUGCUCACCUGCUGUUCCCGUGCCUGAUGAUGCUACUGGCUCUGUGUAUGGAUUAUCACUGUGCAGAUGCAAAUGAAGACCAGGGCAAUCAACUGCGAGGCCUCUGGAGGUUGUCAAUGAAAGACUCAAAGCAGAAAAUGAAAGGUGUGCCACCUCCUCAUCCAAUCAGAGGAUUGGUCAAACAACAGCUGCUGUACUGCCGUGUUGGGAUAGGAUACCAUCUCCAGGUCCUGUCCAAUGGAACUGUAGGAGGAGUGCACGAACCAACUGAACAUAGCUUGCUGAAGGUGUUUGCCAUGAAGCGUGGUGUUGUGGGCAUCAGAGGCAUCAAGACUGGCUUGUAUCUCUGUAUGAGCCAAGAGGGCAUCGCACACGGAGCAGUACAGUUCUCAUCUGACUGUCUGUUCAAGGAGAGCCUGGAGGAGAACCACUACACCACCUUUUCCUCCCUGUCUCACCCAGGCAUCUACUUGGCCCUGUCCCAUAAAGGAGAGGCCAAGAGGGGGACCAGUGUUGGGAGACUCCAGCCCUGCACACACUUCCUCCCUCGCAGAGCUCCAUAAGUAACCCCUGUGCAACCCUUUUACAACCUUUCUACAACCAAUGACCCCAACCCAGGAGUCACAACUGUAACUGUGAGGAGAAUCCUGUAAAUCCCUACAACGUUGAAAUAACCCAAACGGUUGGGCAUUUCACCCUUUAACCCAGUGUGACUGAUAUACUUGAAAUGACAUUGGAAACAGUGUAGCAACUGAAGAAAAGAAAAUUGACAUAUAAUGGUAGACUAACUCUAAGGGUCAAUGCACACACGGCUCUUGUGAUGCUCUGUUAGCAUAACUGGAUGUAACUGGA